AUGACGCUCUACUACUCUCUCGUCUUCUUCCUCCUCGUCCUGGAGAUGGUGCUCUUUAUGCUCCUUCUCAUCCCUCUCCCGCACACGGCCAAGCGCAAGGUCUUUACCUUCAUCUCCGAAAACCCCAUCAUCUCCAAGGUCAUGUACUGGCUCAAAAUCACCUUUGUCUUCAUCCUCAUCCUGUUCAUCGACAGCGUGAACCGCGUGUACCGCGUGCAACUGGAAGUGGUCGCCGCGGGAGAACAGGCGUCCAAGGGAGCUGCUAUUCUGGGCCACGAACGCCUCGAAGUCCAGGCGCGUAAAUUCUACUCCCAGCGAAACAUGUACCUCUGCGGCUUCACCCUGUUCCUGUCGCUCAUCUUGAACCGCACCUACGUCAUGAUCAUUGACAACAUCAAGCUGGAGGACAAGGUCCAGGCGUUUGAGAGCAACAAGAACUACAAGGAGAACAAGUCGAGCGAGGUUGCCGAGCUGCAGAAGCGGCUGGCCAUGAAGGAGCAGGAUUUGCAGACGCUCAAGAAGCAGAGUGAGGGGCUGCACAGGAGCUAUGACGAGCUGAGCGACAAGUACGCGGCUACGCAGGUUGACGAGGGGAAGAAGGGGAAAUAA